AUGGACGCUAACCGCCCGGGCGCGUUCGUGCUGAGCAGCGCGCCCCUGGCCGCGCUGCACAACAUGGCCGAGAUGAAGACGUCGCUGUUCCCGUAUGCGCUGCAGGGCCCGGCCGGCUUCAAGGCGCCCGCGCUGGGCGGCCUGGGCGCGCAGCUGCCGCUCGGCACCCCUCACGGCAUCAGCGACAUCCUGGGGCGGCCGGUGGGCGCGGCGGGCGGCGGCCUCCUGGGCGGCCUGCCCCGUCUCAACGGGCUCGCGUCGUCGGCCGGCGUCUACUUCGGGCCCGCGGCCGUGGCGCGCGGCUACCCCAAGCCGCUGGCCGAGCUGCCCGGGCGCCCGCCCAUCUUCUGGCCCGGCGUGGUGCAGGGCUCGCCCUGGAGGGACCCGCGCCUGGCCGGCCCGGCCCAGGCCGGCGGGGUCCUGGACAAGGACGGCAAGAAGAAGCACUCGCGGCCGACCUUCUCGGGCCAGCAGAUCUUCGCGCUGGAGAAGACCUUCGAGCAGACCAAGUACCUGGCGGGCCCGGAGCGCGCGCGCCUCGCCUACUCCCUGGGCAUGACCGAGAGCCAGGUCAAGGUGUGGUUCCAGAACCGCCGAACCAAGUGGCGCAAGCGGCACGCGGCGGAGAUGGCGUCGGCCAAGAAGAAGCAGGACUCGGACGCCGAGAAGCUGAAGGUGGGCGGCUCAGACGCGGAGGACGACGACGAGUACAACCGGCCCCUGGACCCCAACUCGGACGACGAGAAGAUCACGCGGCUGCUCAAGAAGCACAAACCCGCGAACUUGGCGCUGGUCAGCCCGUGCGGCGGCGGCGCGGGGGACGCCUUGUGA